CGCGUGGGUGAUUUCUCUAAAUUCUUCGAUCCUGCGGCCGAGUGGUCUUCAAACGCUCUCAGCACUCAAAGUUCUGUCUCCUUCAGUGCAGGAUCACCGACACAAUUAUGGAGGCCCACACGAUCACCAACAAAGCCAGUGCCGUAUUAUCCGACCGACGAUUCCGGCUUGUUCUCGGAGAGCUGGCGGGAGAGCGAGUCGCCGGACGCCAGCCCGGUGGUGGUGACGGCCAGCGGCACCAUCUCCCUGCGGCUGCGCGACCGGGUGCGCGUCGACCUCACCGUGGACCGCGCCGUGCGCGUCAUCAACCUCAAGAACAACGUCGUGCUGUGCCUCAACGGCAACGGCUCGGCCAGCGCGAUGCUGCACCCCAACGGCCGCGUCUACCAGUACGGCAGCCGCGUGGAGAUCCUCGCGCAUGACCCCACGGGCAACAACAAAUUUGCGAAAAUGUGGUACAAAGGCGUCAGCUUCACUUCAGACCAAUGUGCUCUGGUCUACUUAGUGGAUGCCGCUGGAACACGCACCACAACAGAUAAUUUCUGCAACAUGGUACACGAUUUUUCGAUACCAGUCUUUUACAACGACUCUCGUCACGGACCAUCGUACUUCCAAGAAGCUAUGUCCAUCCUCCAGACCUCGAUGUUUUGGGUAUCAGAUAAGGGCAUAGAAAACUGGAUUGUCAAUAACGUUAGAGUGUCACAAACUGAAGAUGGUCUUGUAAGGUACGAUUAAGAAUUUCGGCAAUUUCACUUGAUAGUUCAUAGACUGUGUAUUUGUACAUGAGAGAACACAUCCUUUUACUUCCUCGUUUUGACUCGUAAAAAAAGGUAGUAUUGUAAUCGUACAUGUAAGGUAGUAUUCCUAU